UUAGUUCGAGAGAUUCAUUCAUAGAGAAAAGAUUUGUUAGCGACAAAUGCUGGAAAAGAUUGAUUGAUAGAGGUAGUGCUUGAACAAGUUAAUUAAUAGAGGCAGUGCUUGAAGAAGUUAAUUAAUAAAGGUAGUGUUGGAGCAAGUUAAUUGAUAGAGGCAGUGCUUGAACAAGUUAAUUAAUAGAGGCAGUGUUUGAGCAAGUUAAUUGAUAGAGGCAGUGCUUGAACAAGUUAAUUAAUAGAGGCAGUGUUGGAGCAAGUUAACUGAUAGAGGCAGUGCUUGAACAAGUUAUAAAAUUUGAAGAAUUCGCUCAUCCAUAAUGACCAAGCUGAUUCUACAAAUAUGGAAGAAUUCAUGAACCUACUGAUUUCUAAAACAGUCUUUUGUAGCAUAUGGUUUGAUAUAAUUCAGUUAGAAGUAACAUAAAAAAUAACCACAAUGAUGUUUAAAAGAUUUUGGGAGCGACUGAAGACCAAUUAUCUAAGAGGCUCUCCACUUCAUCGUGUAGGACGAACUAAGACUUUAGUUUCAGCUGUUGUUUGUCUAAGUUUUCUGUCUUUUAUUGUUUUCACAUAUCAUUUUCUAAAUUCAAGUCCAGUGCACCGAAUAGCAAACCCACCAGAACCUGCCAUAACAUGCCGUAUGAACAACCUUCAGAAAUCUAUGUUCACGCCAAAGGAUCACACUUCAAAAGAAAGGCUUCAUAUAGGUGCUAGAGUUUUAGUUUUUGUGGAAUCUCAAUAUUCUAAAGCUGCCAAACAAAUCACCAGUUCUCUUCAGUAUGCCCGUAUUGAUUACAAAUUAGAAAACACAGGUCACAAUUUACCUAUUCUUACCCAUUCCGAUAAAGGACGAUUUGCUGUAAUUAUUUUUGAAAGUCUUGAAGCUUAUGUCAACAUGGAUAAUUGGAACCGACAGUUGUUAGAUAAAUACUGUCAAGAUUAUAAAGUUGGAAUGAUCAUUUUUGUACACUCUGCUGACGAGUACGGCAUUGAAAAAGAAAAAGUUCCAGGUCUGCCAUUGAUAUUAAGGUAUAAUGUUGCCGUUAAAGACUAUCGCUUAAAUGCAUUCACCGAUAUAUGGCGAAUAACAAAACCAGGAGAAACAGUUUUAGAUAAUAUUGAAGAAGAUGAUUGGGUUGUGUUUGAAUAUAAUCAUUCAACCUAUGAACCUUUGUCUUACGCAAAACUAGCACCCCCUCCUUAUUUAAAUUCUCGUUACAUACCUGACAAUUCUACAGUUGUAUGUGCAUUGCUAGAUCGUGGAACAUUAGAUGGCAUACAGAGAAUUUUUUUUGGUAAUGAUUUAAGUUUCUGGGUACAUCAGAUGAUAUUCAUUGAUGGUAUAUCAUAUUUAUCACAUGGCAAGCUGAGUUUUGAUUUAGAACGAUACAUUCUAGUGGAUGUUGAUGACAUAUUUGUUGGAAUAACGGGAACAAGAAUGACAGCAGACGAUGUAGAGGCUAUGGCAAAGACUCAGGAAAGACUUCAAAAGGAAGUCAGCAACUUCCAUUUUAAUCUAGGGUUUUCUGGUUGGUUUUAUCAACAUGGAACUUCUUUAGAAAAUGCAGGCGAUCAAAAGAUUCUUGAGUACAGGAAUAAAUUUUGGUGGUUUGGUCAUAUGUGGAGACAUGAACAAGGACAUAAGUUUGACCAAGCUAAAUUAGAAACAUCUAUGAUUAAAAAUUACCAAUUUGCCAAAGAACACAACAUACCAGUGAUGCAUCAGUAUGCUGUGGCUCCCCAUCAUUCUGGUGUCUAUCCUGUACAUGAACCACUCUACCAGGCAUGGAAAAAUGUGUGGGAUAUAAGAGUAACAAGUACAGAGGAAUAUCCUCGACUUUAUCCUUCAUGGAAGAGGAGGGGAUUCAUUCAUAAAAGGGUUAUGGUGCUACCUCGUCAAACAUGUGGUCUAUUUACUAAAACAUUGUACAUUGAUACCUAUCCUGGUGGAAGGAAAAAGUUAGAUGACAGUAUACAAGGGGGAGAACUCUUCAAAACAUUCCUAUACAAUCCUAUAAACAUUUACAUGACUCAUAUGGGUAAUUAUGCAAAUGACAGACUAGCUUUGUAUACAUUUGAAAGUGUAAUCAAAUUUGUUAAAUGUUGGACAAAUCUGCAGCUGAAACAGGUUACACCAUUAGAAAUGGGCAUUAAAUAUUUUGAGAUGUAUCCUGAAGAUAAAGAACCAGUUUGGCAGGAUCCAUGUGUGUAUAAAAGACAUUUACAAAUUUGGUCUGCUAACAAAAGCUGUGAUAGACUGCCAAAAUUCCUUGUGGUUGGUCCACAGAAAACAGGUACAACAGCUUUAUACAAAUUCCUGCAGAUACACCCAGCAAUAUUAGCAAACUACAACAGUCCUGAUACAUUUGAAGAAGUACAGUUUUUUAAUGGUAAUAAUUACCACAAAGGCAUUGAUUGGUAUAUGGAGUUUUUCCCUGUACCUGGCAACGCUACCUCUGAUUUCUUGUUUGAGAAAAGUGCUAAUUAUUUUGAUGGGGAAUUAGUUCCAUAUAGAGUUCAUUCAUUACUGCCAAAAAUAAAAAUUAUUUGCAUUCUCAUUGAUCCUGCCAAAAGGGCAUAUUCUUGGUAUCAGCAUAUGCAAGCUCAUGGUGAUCACAUAGCAGGCAACUACACAUUUCAUGAGAUCAUCACUGCUCCAGACAGUGCUCCUAGAAAAGUGAGAGAAUUACGCAAUAGAUCACUCAUACCAGGAAUAUAUGUUCAGCAUUUACAAAAAUGGUUCGAAUUUUUCCCCUCCAGACAGAUUUUUAUAAUUGAUGGAGGUCGGUUAAAAAGUAAUCCAGUAGCUGUGAUGCACAAUGUCCAAAGAUUUUUACAUAUAGAGCCUCACUACGAUUACAAUGACUAUUUAAGGUUUGAUUCAAAGAAAGGAUUUUUCUGCCAAGUUUCAUCAGCCAACAAAAGUGAUUGCUUGGGUCGCAGCAAAGGUCGGCAUUACCCUCCAAUGAACGAAACAUCAGUGGAAUUCUUAAAACAGUUUUACAGAAAAAAUAAUGUAGCAUUAUCUAAACUUCUAAGUAAACACAAGUAUAGGAUACCAGACUGGUUAGAAAAAGAAUUAAGUGAUUGAAAUAUGAUAAGUUUUAUUGAUACCUUAGACCCUAUGUGAUUAAUUUUCUGAAUCUCAAUGAUGCAUGUUGGGAAAUCUGUUGUUUUCCUGUCAUGGAAAAUGUGAACAAAUCUGUUGAUUGAAUUUUGUACAAGUUUCAGUGAAACUAUCAUGGCAAGGAUAAAUAUUCCUUAUGUUUUUGUAUAUUUUAAUGAAUUUAAAGAAAUCUUAUGACUAAUACUUAUGAUCAUAUUAGAAAAUUCUUAUUGUAAAUUGGAAUAAUUUGGUGCUGACAUAUUUUAGCAGUUUCAUUAAGGAGGUAGUGGUGGAGUUAUCAGCACUUGUUUGAAGAGUGUGUAUUUAUGGUAACUCCAGAAACAUUCAAUAUAUUCUUAAAUAUGUUGGUGAUUAAUAAAGGGUCACAUUCAAAAGCUGGAAAAAAGACAAACUACAAAUUAUAGUCAUACAUAUACUUCGUAAAGUAAAUUUGUGGCUAUAUGAAUCUUUUCAAAUUUCAAGUAUGUUAGACUUGAACUAUUCACAUACUAAACAUAAUGUUUUAUGAGGUGUAAAAAAUAUUGUACAAUUAAAAUGUAUGCAUUUUAAUUUAUUUAUUUUUUGUGUGUGUAAAUGUUUUGUUUGUGUGUGUUUCAUUUUUUCACUUUAAAACAGGACACAAAAUCAACUAAAAUAUGAUCACAUUCAAAGACCCCAUUCUAUGUUAGAACAAAUAACGACUAUCUUCCCAACCCUGUUUUUGUUUUCUUAGAAUUCAGCAUUGGAGUUCCAGUUAAUUUUUUUUUUAAUUCAGCAUCGGAGUUCCAGUUAAUUUUGUAUAGCCUAAGAUUUAUUUUUAUUUUUUAGCAAGUA